GAGCGUAUCGAAAAUACAAAAAUGUAUAAAAUAUUAUUGUUUAUGGCGGUCAACUUUAUGGCAUAUACAUUCACUAGUUGCGAUGGGGAUCCUCAUUUAUGUCUUCAGCUUGUGACUGUAAAUUAUACCGAAAGGGUAACUAGGCCCAUGGAGGACUAUGGAAACCUUGCCAAAUUUUUCAAGCAACUGAAUAUACCUGCAGGAAAAAAGGACGUGACCUUAACCAAAUUAGAAGAAAAAGAAGUGUGUUGUGCAGGCUUCGAAAAAUCCACCGACGGAAAAUGUGUAUCCAUCCCACCCACAACAACAACGACACCCACAUCGACUACAGAAACUUACGAUUUAACCGAAUCUACUGAGUCAUCAUCUCCCCAAUCGGACUCAUCUGGCCAAGGAAAUGCGCCCAGCUCUUUGACGAAAUUUAAUAAUAAUAAGCACAACACUUUUGUAUUUGCUGUUGCUAUAGGAAUUGGUGCUCUAAUAAUUGUUUUAGCUUUUAUAAUUACUUUGCGUAUUCUCCAAAAGCGACGCUUAGCAUCAGAUAAUAGAAUCAGCAUUGUAAAAUUUAAUUCUGAAAUGCAAACAGCUCUUUUGUAGAAAAAAGAUAACUUAAUUUCAUGUAAUGUACCGUGCUUAUCAGUACCAUUAAAGUGAGAAAGCAAUAUAAGUGAAUUUCACAAUGAGCAAACAAGCGAAACAAUAAAAAGUAAAGUUCAGUUUUAUUAUGAUAAGUACUUGUGGAGUGAUAAAAAGCAAAGCCUUUGUUUGCACAUGAAUGUCCAGCCCAGAAUCAUUUUUUACGAAAUAAAAUAAUAUUGCUCAAUAAA